CAUUACAAGAGGGCAGAAGUCCAAAUAUUGGCCUGUAUUUCAAUUUUCUUCACAUAUUGCCGUUAACUGUUAAGUUCAACUCUCUGGACGACUGUGCCCCGCCAUUUUUGUCUGUCACAAAGCUCGCAUUCAUCAAUGGAGUCUUCCUCCUCUUUUCGAUUCAUACCCCUCUUGAUUCUUACCCACACCAUGUUUUUCAAUUUUAAACCAGUUGGAGUUGUCCAUGUUCCCCAAGAUCUUUAUACUAGACCAGGAAAUAGCUCUGAUCUUUAUACCAGAUCAAGAAAUAGUUCGAUUUCUCCUCCUCCUCCACCACCACCACCACCACCACCGUCUCCAUUUCUUCCCCCUCCACCACCUCCACUGCCUCCUUCUCCGGUUCCGGCGCUGUUCGUAAUUGGUGACUCUUCUGUUGAUUGCGGGACCAAUAAUUUUCUUGGAACAUUUGCACGAGCAGAUCGUCUUCCUUAUGGACGUGACUUUGAUACCCAUCAACCCACCGGACGAUUCUCCAACGGAAGAAUCCCUGUCGAUUAUCUUGCAUUACAUCUUGGCCUCCCAUUUGUCCCAAGCUUCUUAGGUCAAAGUGGUUCUGUUAAUGACAUGAAACGCGGGUUGAAUUAUGCAUCUGCUGGUGCUGGAAUCAUCUUCUCCAGUGGAUCAGAACUGGGUCAACACAUAUCUUUCACACAGCAAAUUCAACAGGUUAUGGAUACCUUCCAACGGUUCAUACUAACCAUGGGUGAGGCUGCAGCAUCAAGUCUCAUCACAAACUCCAUUUUUUACAUUUCAAUCGGGACUAAUGAUUACAUACAUUACUAUUUGCCCAAUGUAUCCGAUGUACAAUCCAAAUACGUCUCAUGGAAAUUUACACAGUUCUUAGCCCAAUCAAUGAAACAAGAGAUUAAGAAUUUGUACAAUGCGAAAGUGAGGCGAGUGGUGGUGAUGGGACUAGCUCCAAUCGGGUGUGCCCCAUACUACCUAUGGCAAUACAACAGCACAAAUGGGGAAUGUGUGAAGGAGAUAAACAACAUGAUAAUGGAAUUCAACUUUGUUCUAAGAUACACAGUGGGAGAGCUUCGUAAAGAACUCAACAAUUCCAAUAUCAUCUUCUGCGAUGCAUAUCUUGGUUCCAUGGACAUCAUGAAGAAUUUUGACCAAUACGGGUUUAGCGUGAUGAAUUCUGCAUGCUGUGGUUUAGGGCGAUAUAAUGGUUGGAUCAUGUGUAUAUCACCUGGAAUGGCUUGUGAGAAUGCUUCAGAUCAUCUAUGGUGGGAUCAAUUUCAUCCCACAUCUGCUGUGAAUGAGAUUUUAGCAGAGAAUGUGUGGUCUGGAUUGCAUACGAAGAUGUGUUAUCCAAUGAACAUGAUGGAUAUGGUAGCUCAAAGGGUUUUCACCCAUUGACAAAUAGAGGAAAUUGUGUAGGUGUUGUAUGAAAAUUCGAUAAUGUACAUAGAUUACAUAUCUCUAGAAAUUAGUUGCAUCAAGUGUAAAUUUGGUUAGCAUUGAUAAGAAAAAGAAAAGUCAAAAUCAAUCUCAGAAUUGUCAAACUCAAACACACCCCACAAUAUGCAAAUUUACGUCUUUAGAAUAUUAACAUCUCCUAAACAACAAUUUCCAAAAAAGAAAAUAAAAAAGAAA